AUAUGAUAUAUUAAAUCUUCCUGUUUUGUUUUACCUCAAUUGUGUAUAGGGUACUUUGAAUUAACAGCAGAAAUGAUGAAGGACACGGAAACUGCUAUAUAUGAAAACAUGUGGCUUUCACAGGCCAAGUUAGAAGCUGGAAAACAGAGGUCUGGUAGACAUCAGAGGGGCAGAGGAAGCGGAAGUUGUGUUCUCUUCAUUCUGGACUGUUCAGAAAGCAUGAGGGGGGAACCUCUGAUAGAAAUGAAAAGGGGAGUCUUCGCGAUACUAGAUGAGUUCUAUCAACACCCGGGUAUGGGUGAAAAUGUCUCAGUUAUAGUGAUGGGACAAGAAACAAAAUUCCUGCAGUAUUACUCAAACCAAUAUUUGGCAAUCAAACAAAACAUAGAGGAGGUAGAAUGUGGUGGACCCUCACCACUCACAGCCGCCUUUAUCUUGGCCCUCGGGGGACUGUUGGAAGGAGCAGCCCAUACUAGCAAAGUUGGUGACUUCCUUCUCCAUCCCAGAGUGGUACUAUUUACAGAUGGCCGAAUUACAGACUUCACAGAUUCAUGCGCUACCGACAGUGAUGUGGAUCUAAUACCUAAUGAGCGUAUAUUAAGACCAUUUUUUGCGAUUUUACAACGAAUUGGAAGAGAUCAUCCGAUUUUCUGUUUCCCAGUCGGAGAAAACCCCAAUUACGCUUUAUUGCAAACUAUAUCGAGUGUUUCUAAUGGAGGCAAAGUUUUGGAGAUUUAUGAAGCAAAGUGUUUUGGACGAUAUACCAUCCAUUACCACUCAGCAGAUUUGAUAUCCAAAGUAACAAAUAAGGAUGAAAUAGAAAGAGGGAAUUUGAGAUCGGUGGCUGAAUCUCUACUGGAAUGGCAGACAUAUGAUGAAGACGAUUUGGGUGCAAUAUACGAAUUAAUACGGAACAAAGAGAGAAUUAUGGACACCCAGCAAAGAAUUGAAGACGAUGAUGAAAAAUGGUAUAAGGAGAAAUACUCUGCAAUUCCUAGGCUCGGUACGAGAGUUCGCCGGGGCCCCCACUGGAGUUAUCAAAACCAGGAUAGCGAGGGCAUCGGAACCAUAGUGGGCCAUGGGGAUAAAGCGGGACUGGUACUGGUAGAGUGGGAUAAUGGAGAGCGCUGUGUGUACAACUAUGGAAUGAGAGACAUGUACGAUGUGGUGGUUUGUGAGGAACCAAGGAUCCCUCUUGAUGGAUUGGUCGCUGUUGGUUGUUUUGUUAAGAGAGGUCUCGACUGGAAGUGGGAAGAUCAGGACGGCGGAGAACAAGCUAUCGGGACAUGUUAUCGAGUGAUGGAUAAUGCCACCGUUUAUAUUCGAUGGCCAAGUGGAAGGAUGGGUAAUUACAGAUUUGGAUAUGAUGGAAAAUACGACAUUGAGCUAUGCGAUCCGUUCUCACCCGAGGUGAUAAAAACCGUAAGAGAACAGCAGAAUGCAUCAAACCAGUCUGGUACAAUUACAGAACACAUGGUUGCCUCCAAUGAUUUAAAAGAUAAAUCUGCUAUAAAGGAAACACCACAUAACACAACUAAACAGAGUGAUUGCAUCAUGCAGGAAAAUAAAGGAAAUCUAACAUGGCAGAGUAAAACAUCAAAUCAAGGUCGAAGUACAGUGUUUCAAGAGGCGGCAGAUGCAAAGUCAACAAAAACAUCACAUGAACCGAUUUUACAACGGGGACAGGUAGCUUGUAAUGAUAGAACCAAUGCAACAGACAAGCAGAAAGAACACUCCCCCAUAGCUGUUUCAGUGGACGAUCUGGAAACUGAUGAAGGACAGGAUACUGGUCUAGAAGGCAACUCAGUGGGAGGUAUAUCUAAAUGUUCCGACCAUAUCAAUAGGUCCUCAAGUCCGGAAGAAUAUCAGAAUCUCCUGACUGUGAAUUCCUCUGUGAUUGUAAAUAACUGUGUUCAUUUCAAAGAAAAACCUAGCAUCAAUACUUCAACCAAUGCUCAUAAAAAUCCUGAAUUUUGUGUAGCUGGAACAAAUAAAGAUACUGUUCAGAUGGAAACAAAUUCAGAAAUGGAGAUAAACACUGCACUAAUUUCGAAACAUCACUCAACAGACAACUCCGUCUCUUCAUAUAAUUCACACGUACGUCCGUGUCUAUCUUGGCAGUGGCAGGACAACAGUGGUGUUUGGGUAGACUAUCCCGAUCACGUGACAAAUUUAAUCAACUGCAGGCUUCAACAACACCCCGUGGCAACAGUCUUGAUUUCUUAUAAUGAUGAAAGUUUUAGAAUUGUUGCAUCAAAGAUGAUAUAGAUCAACACAAAAACAAAAGAAAGACACAGCAUUAGAUGCAAGAGAAUAUAGGGCCAUUGGUGACACUGCAGACAUAUAUCUAAGCGGGGGACAAGGGUUUCUCUUACACAUUUCAAACUGUUCCUCAUUUAAUAACAUAAAAGGAUAAAAUGCUUUCAAAGUUUUUAAAUGUUUUUGUAUGAUUUGCACAUAAUUAAUUGUCGAAACGUUUUAUA